AUGGCAUCUUGUGGCUUCGAGAUCUCCUCAAAGCCGACAUACCCAACGCACGAAUACUCGCAUAUGGCUACGACGCCGACACUCGCAGUCGAGAGUGUAUCUCGACGCAGAAAAUAUACCAACACGCGGACAAGCUUCUCAAAUCUCUCUCGACAACGCCGUGAUCAUCCACGACGACCGAUCAUCUUCAUUGCGCAUAGCUUGGGAGGCAUAGUGCUCAAACAGGCACUUGGCCUUUGUCAUAGCGAGACUGUGGGCUCGAAAAAUGACUUUCGGGACAUAUUGGUGUCAACUCACGCCGUUCUCUUCUUCGGGACGCCUCACUUUGGCGUCAAAGGCGUUGAGCUUUUGCAGACCAUGAACAGGCUAUUGUCGGUGCACUUAAAGACUACAAAGGUUAUCGUCCGAAACCUCAAGGAGAACUCCUCGGCAUUGGACAACAUACAGAGAUUGUACACUUCGGCUAGUAAAGAGAUCGAAACCGUUCUGUUCUACGAAAUUGUGCCGUAUAACUCUGCCACCAUCGCUGGGGAUCGUCAGGCAAUUGAGAGAGGACUGGACGCCGACCAUUGUGAGAUGGUCAAGUUUCCCAACUCAGGUCACGCAAAUUAUGCAACUGUUCUUUCCUACCUCAAGCAGCACGUUGAAGGAGCCACCGCUGGGGUGGCAAAGAAGUGGUGUACCGAGGACGCAUAUCGAGAUCUGGCAAAUAGAGAAGAUCGAUCGCCGAAUGAGGUUGUCCUACCAAAGCCGAGUUUGACUGUGUCAAGAAACUACAUCGAUAGGCCACGGAUUCAAUCCCUUAUCACACAGCAUCUCUUCCCAAGUAGUCUUGUGCGACGACAACCCUGGUGUAUCUUACACGGGAUUGGAGGUGCCGGUAAAACUCAGCUCGCUACAAAGUGGAUUCGUGACAACGAAAACAAGUUCACUCGUGUGAUUUUCGUCGACGCCUCAAGUCAGACCCAGCUGGAGAAAGACUUGGGACUAUCGGUUCACUGUUUAGGCCCAGAAUAUAGCAAGAUGACCUGGAAGGAGGCGGUCGCGUACCUUGACGGCAAGGAGACAGGAUGGCUGUUGUUCUUCGACAAUGCCGACUCGCCGGAUCUAAACCUUCGCCCCUAUCUUCCCAAUUCCAUCCACGGUACGAUUCUAAUUACGACAAGGAAUAGCGAAUGCAGUGGAUAUGCUCCGGAUGGCGCAAUUCCUGUUGGUAAUCUCGAGGAGAGCGAGGCAGUGGAGCUCCUUCAUGUCAUCGCCAACGUUGCACCUCAAUCAAACGUCCAGUCGCUCGAGAUCGUCAGGGAGCUAGGGAUGUUGGCGCUCGCCAUUACUCAGGCAGGAACGUAUAUUCGCAAGACGAGACGGCUCGAUACGUACCUCGACACGUUUCGUAAGCAUCACGAUCGACCUCUGCGGAAGAAGCUAGAAAUCGGCAGCGAGUACACCUCGUCGACAUAUACCGCGUUCGACCUAUCCUUCGACUGCUUGCACACAAAGGCACAAAGCUCCUGA